AUGAACUACUAUAAAAAGAGAAAACAUGUUGUUAGUAUCGUAUUAUUCGAAUUGUCGUGGAACAUUACCAUGAGAUUCACUAUUACUUUAACCUUGACUGCGGUUGUAUGUGGUGUUGCUUAUGGUAAGUGGUACUGUAUUUUGGACCAAGUUUUAAAUUUUUUGAUUUGUAAAGAAAGUUUUUGCCAUUUUAUGAUUUGUAAAGAAAGUUUUUGCCAUUUUAUGUUUUGUAAAGAAAGUUCUUGCCAUUUUAUGUUUUGUAAAAGAAAGUUUUUGCCAUUUUAUGUUUUGUAAAGAAAGUUCUUGCCAUUUUAUGAUUUGUAAAGAAAGUUUUUGCCAUCUUAUGUUUUGUAAAGAAAGUUUUUGCCAUUUUAUGUUUUGUAAAGAAAGUUCUUGCCAUUUUAUGUUUUGUAAAGAAAGUUCUUGCCAUUUUAUGAUUUUUAAAGAAAUUUUUUGCUAUUUCUUUGUUUGUAAAGAAAGUUCUUGCCAUUUUCUGUUCUGUAAACAAAGUUUUUGCAAUUAUUAACUAACAAUGUUAACUGUGACAAAACUUAUUGAAGGCACCACCAAAAACCCCUUUCAAUGCCCACCAGGUCUUCAUUGCGGGCCAGGCCCAGUGAAACUGCCUCCAGGCUUCACCCCAGGAAGUCCUGAAGAACCAGUUACCAGUGAAGGCGGUAGCUACAUCAAUCCAGGUGGACCAGAAAUCCCGGCUAGCUGGGAAGGAAGUGGCAGCGGCUACAUCAACCCCGGAGGGCCAGAAAUCCCAGCCAGUGGGGAGGGCAGUGGUCAUCAUCACAAACAUCACCGUGGUGGGCAACAUGGCUUCAUACCGUUCUUCCCGUUCCGUCCACCGUUCUUCGGACCUUCUGAUGAGGGUAGCGGCAGUGGCAGCUACUAA